AUGCGGUUCAGACAAGUAGAUUCACCUUACCACAAAAAAAACGAAGAGCCAAAAGACACGGAUAUGCAGGAAGCAACCGUCAAGAAGGAAAGAAGCUCAACUUAUAACAUUUACACAAACGAAGAUCGACUACGAUUUUUAUUUUCCCUGCAUGAAAAGUUGAUGAACCCCACUGAGACAACUAAACUUGCCAACGUUAAUCCUGAAACUACGAGAAAGUGGAAGAGAGAGAGCGCAAAAAAGACCCUGAGAAGAAGAUACCCUUUAAAGAAAACAAAUCGUACAUCAAAUAGAGCGCCAAGUCAGCUAAAUGAGAGCUACAAAAUGUACUUUUUCAACUUUUUCGAUGAAAAUCCCUCAGUGGUUAUCCAGGAUGUAGUCAGAAUUUUGACCAAAGGCUUUGAAGAUUUGAAAAUAAAAAAGAGUAGGAUUACUGAAUUCAUGAAAGAGGAUUGUAAUCUAAGUAAAAAAGUUGUCUCCCGCCAUCCCAAGGACAGAAAUAAUCAAACGACCCUUGAGGCUCGCACAAACUCGAUUGAAUAA